GCAAAUUACAAAGCACUAGAAGUAUUAUCCAAAGAAAUUCAAAACAUAUUGUUUAUCUAAGUUGAUACUAGUACUAAUUUAAAAUUCUAGGCAAAAAAAGUGUGCAAAAUGAAUAUGAAGGCACUUCUACUUGCAAGCUUUGUGGUUAGCCUUGCUUUCACUGUUGCAAAGGCUAAUGUUGGGUUUGCUGUUUAUCAUACUCAUAAUACUCCAUCGGCGUGCUACCAAAAUGAAGACAAGGGACCAUGGAUAACAGGAGUGAGUCAUGCUUUAUGGAACAAUAGAGGAGCGUGUGGAAGGAACUACAAGGUUACAUGUAUAGGGGGAGCUAAUAUGGCUCCGCACCCUUGCAGAGGAGGAAGUGUUAUUGUCAAAGUAACUGACUUGUGUGAUAGUUGCGCCGGUGAUCUUAACCUAUCUCAAGAGGCAUUCAACGCUAUCGCCGACCCUAAGGCUGGAAAGAUCCGUAUACGAUAUGACCCAGUAUAAAAAUGCCUAUUGUUGGAAAAAUGAAGAUAGGAGCAAAAGAGCUAAAAGAAAAUGAAAUGCACUAUAUAAAGUGAUGCUUGGAAGUAGAGUUGUAUGGUCAAUUAUCAAUCAAAUAAACCCUUUUAGUUGCUCUUAUAUCGCUAUAUGUAUAACAAGUUACAUGUAAGAAAUUGUUGGCUAUAUGCUUAUAUGAUUAUUUAUUAUAUCAUCUACUUCGUAUUA